AAUUACCGGCGCCUCCAGACAGAUUUUAUGGAGGAUGAUCACGAGCGUGUAGUGUCAGUGACUUCUCUGUCAGUUCAGCUCUUCACCGUCCCCACCAUGGUGAGUACCCCCAACCCCACGCCUGACCGCACACCUCUCAACACACACACCUUCUCUUCUUCUCUUGUCUUCCCCAUGCCACUGCUGUUAGAAUUAUGAGCGCUUGCAGAGCGACUAUGUGAAAGAUGACCACGACAGGGAGUUCUCGGUCACUGACCUCUCGGUGCAAAUGUUCACAGUGCCCUCCCUGGUGAGUACUGGCCGCACGGGUCGGGGUGACGUGAGUUAGUUCCACCCGAGAUGGGACGCAUGCUGAAAAAUGUUAGACUGUUAAUUGAUGUCAUGUCCAUAGAGAGAAAGUAUGGCCAUCUUAAUCACGAUUGAAAAGGCUGUUGCAUGCCAAGUUGAUGUUGGAUGUGAUUUUUCUUAAGUAAAACAACAUUAUACAGCUAGGAUCCCAUUUCAUGUGUUUAUCACAAUAACUAUUAUUUAAAUGAAAAUGUUAAAUAUUUGUGAUCGUCACCCUAGCGAAAAGUACGCUGUUCCAGUUGUAGGCUAAUGCUGUAGUGUAGUUUAAAGGGAUACUGCGAGAUUCUACUUACCCAGAGUCUUAUGAACUCGUGGAUACCAUUUUUAUAUCUCUGCGUGCAGUAUGAAGGAUGUUAGUGGUAGUUUUACGAGCCAAUGCUAACUAGCGUUAGCGCAAUGACUAACUCUACAGGUAGGGUAGCAUAACCGCUAACGUCCUUCAUACUGCACCCAGAGACAUAAAAAUGGUAUCCACGACUGAGUAAUUAGGGCUUAAAUGCCAGAAUAUCGCAGUAUCCCUUUAAGGCUGUAGUAUAUUGUCAUAUUUUUACAUAGAUUUGCCUAGAUUGAUUUGCCGAGAUGAUUUGACUCCAGAAUGUCCUGCUACUUGAGGCCUCUAACCCUCUUCCUCUCCCCCAUGGCCCAGGCGCGGAUGCUGAUCACAGAGGAGAACCUAAUGACCACCAUAAUCAGGACCUUUGUGGACCACCUGCGCCACCGCGACCUGCAGGGCCGCUUCCAGUUUGAGCGCUACACCGCCCAGCAGGCUUUCAAGUUCCGUCGCGUCCAGAGCCUCAUCGGAGACCUCAAGUAAGAUGAAUGCGCGAACACUUACACACACACAAACACUGGGCAAUGUGUGUGUGUUGGUUAGUUGAGUAAGUGUUGUACAAAGCCAGUGUGUGUUGUGAACAAUAUUGUUGUGUGUGCAGGUACGUCCUCAUCAGUCGGCCCACAGAGUGGAGUGACCAACUCAGGGAGAAGUUCCUGGAGGGACUGGACACCUUCCUGGAGCUGCUCAAGUGCAUGCAGGUAAGGACAAGUCAUCAAUAGUGGUGGGAGACUGGGAGUCCAUAACCCCUCUGGGCAUGAUUGAGACUAUACAGGUCUAUGGAACAGAGUGAUGAUGUGUCUAUGUGCAUCUCGGUAGUCUAAAGGUCUCUCUUUGUCUCCCCUCAUUCACUAACACUGCCCUAAAAAAUAAGAUUGGUGAAAGAACUAUGAUGGUAGCCUAGCCUUCAGUAGAACUUGCUUCCACCUGUCCAGUUCUUUCACAUCAGAGAAGAUAGAGGAAAUUAGAUUAGAGGAAUACAUUUUAGACUAAUAUGAUCCUCCCCAUGUCUGGUUCAUUUGGGGGUAGUGUUAAGGAGAGUCUGUGCGUUCUGUCUCGCCCUAAUCAGGGAAUGGACCCGGUUGUGAGGCAGGUGGGACAGCACAUUGAGAUGGAGCCUGAGUGGGAGGCAGCCUUCACCCUGCAGAUGAAGCUCACACACAUCAUCUCCAUGAUGCAGGAGUGGUGCGCCACAGAUGUGAGUGUCUGGACAUAUACAUGUGCACAUGAACACACACACUUUCUCUCUCACAAACUCACACUCUAUUGCUCACUCACAAACAUGCACCUGCCUUUUCUCGCCUGUGUUCCUACUGUUUUUUGUGUGUGUACAGGAGCGUGUGCUGAUUGAAGCCUAUAAGAAAUGCCUGACAGCACUUACACACUGCCACAGUGGCUUCACCGACGGGGAGCAGCCCAUCACACUUAGCAUAUGUGGACAUUCUGUGGACACUAUCCGCUACUGUGUCUCUCAGGAGAAAGUCAGCAUCCACCUGCCUGUGUCCCGCUUACUAGCAGGUAGGACACAUGCACACAGCUGAAUGACAGACCAUUAAUGGUUUGGCUAUGAUAUUGAUGGAGAGUCUACACAUUGUUAAUAUGGUCACUGCUUUUUCUGUUUAGGUCUCCACGUUCUCCUCAGUAAGAUAGAGGUGGCCUACAGAUUCCCUGAACAGCUUCCACUGGUAAGUAGGGCUGUUACGGUGACUGUAUUACCGCCACACCGGCAGUCACGGGUCAUGACCGCAGAAAAUUCCACGUGACUGUUUAGUCAUGGUAACUAGGCUUCUCCAAGCUCUGAUGCUGCUGAUGGUCAUUAGUAGCCUACCAAACUUGCUAACUGCCUGGUAACUCAGCACUCUAUUGUCCCUCUAAUCACUCUGACAUCAAUGCAAAUGUAAUCAAACAAUUAAUGAGAGCCCAUGAGCCCAUGUUGCGCAACAUUUCGAUAGGCUAUGCAAUUGCGAGAGAAAACAGAGUUUUGAUGGCCUAUUAUAUUUAUUUCUCAACUUUCCUAAUAUUAAGCACAUUGCUUCCCUUUAUAACAGGAGUAUAGCCUACCUGGCUGGCAUGAAAAUGAACCAUGGGAAAAGCGUCCUCCAUUCACAAUUUAAGUGCAUAGAUGACAUAUUUUUUUCCCCCCUGCCCCUGUUUCGAGACCGGUGCAUGAUAAUGGUCCAUUCUAAAUUAAAACAAAUUUCACACAUAUAUUAUUUAGUAUAUGUAAAGACAAGAUUAAAUCAAGAAUAGUCUGAUGGGUGACAAUAUUAGCCUAUCACUUGUGAAUGAUGCCCAGCUUGUGUGCAGUAAGGGAAGAAACAGCGCAUGCCUUUCUUUUGAGACUUUUUCUUAUCCUAAUCGCACACCUCAUGUAGCCUAGCCCAUAGGCCUAUAUUUUCUGAUAAUGUUUGUAUUACAACUAAAGUGGCCAAAUAACUUCUUAAAAUUAAGCAGAUUAAUCAACCGGUGUAGAGCCUAACUGGCAUACAUAGGCGGCGCAUGAGUUUCAAGUUUGGGGAAGAAAAAUUUUACCAUAAAAAUGCACCUAUAUAAUAAAGCAUUACAUGCAUAAUUGCAGUCACUUUUGAGAAUGGUGUUUUCCGGCUAAUUGAUAGCAUUUUGGAACAUUCACGCUUAUAGCCUUCUGCCGUGUGCGCAUUGCUGUGCUUAUAAUGUGAAGAAAUAGCCUAAUAGUUUAUUAACUUUUAUUAGUUUUUUUUUAUUCAAAUCUUUUUUGUUUGUUGUUGUUGUACAUUUACCCCUUUUUCUCCCCAAUUUUGUGAUAUCCAAUUGGUAGUUACAGUCUUGUCCCAACGCUGCAACUCCCUGCGGACUCGGGAGAGGCGAAGGUCGAGAGCCAUGUGUCCUCCGAAACACAACCCUGCCAAGCCACACUGCUUCUUGACACACUGCUCGCUUAACCCGGAAGGCCAGCCGCACCAAUGUGUCGGAGGAAACACCGUCCAGCUGGCGACCGAAGUCAGCUUGCAGGCGCCCGGCCAAACCCUUCCCUAUCCCAGACGACGCUGGGCCAAUUGUGCGCCGCCUCAUGGGUCUCCCGGUCACGGCCAGCUCUGACGCAGCUGGCUGUGUCAGCCUCAAGCAAUGCAGUGCCUUAGACCGCUGCGCCACUCGGGAGGCCCCAGUUUAUCAACAUUUUAACCUAAACGUUCUGAUUUGUUGCGUCAGCCUCAUUGCUUUUAAAAGGUUUUUUGAUGCUAGUGGUUGUAUUAAUCUGUCGCAUCCCACAACUGUCCCAGACUAUGUUUGGAAUAUUUAUUUGUCGUACAGAAGCACAAGUUGACCAAUAGCAUAGGUCAACUUUUGUACUAUGGGGGAUAGUAGAUUGACAUAGGGUAGUGCUUUUGCAUUAGGCCUGCUCAUCUUGUUGGCUGACAAAGUAAAUGUGGACAGUUCUUCUUUUCAAUAUGCGCCUCGGAAUUUGAUAAGGACACGCGCAGUUGCGUCACAGAUGUGUCUGUCUUCACUUGUAGCCUGUGAGAAGGACCCUAGAUGCCUGCUAGGACCCAAUCACGUGACAGGUAUUGGUUAAUAAGAAUUGAGAUGCAGUAUCUGAGAGAGCCAUGUGAGUGAGAGGUGCUUCGGAGCACAGUGGGGAGAAGGGAAUUAUGAUUAUUAUAUUUAGUCCAAGGGCACAACGGCCACUGGCUGCAAAAGGCAUGGAUUUGUUUAGGGAGACGGCCACACAAAGGGGAUGCCGCCAGGAAAUUCGAGGCAUUAUCAAGUGCUUGUCAAAUUGUGAGUGAGAGACUGAUGAAGUGUGUACAGCCUGCGCAAAAAACAAAGCGGAGCUCAUGUCUUUUCAUGAAACUUUUUUCAAAUCAUCAUUAGUCGCAUCAUGCAGCCUUAGAAUGUAUUAAAAAUCAAAACAUAUAGCCCAACGUUUGUAUCACAACUAAUGUUACAUAAAUAAGUAAAGUAAGCAUAUAGGAGGACCUGUUUCUUUGUUAACCGCUCAACACAGAAUAGCCGCAUGUGCGCACUUCCUCAAAUCGUUUGGAGAAAAUAUCCUUUCUAUUUUAUUCAGCUUUGUUCAAUUGUAUUCUUCAUACUAUAAAAUAAUGCCACGGAAUUCUAAGCAAAUCUUGUCUGCUAAAUGAACCAGAGUAGCCCACAGCCAUUUGGCACAGCCAGAUCAGGGCCUAACAUAAGGACAACUCAGUAUGCUAUUCUGUUCUUCUGAAAUGGACUACAUUUUCUUCAUAUCAUGUUUCUUUAGACCGGGCUAAAAUAAAUAAUGGAUUUAUUGUGAUGGUGUAGGCUAUAUUAAAUUGAUUUAUUAGACUUGUUAAAAUGUGGAUGUUCCAAAGGUCUGCGUCAAUGGCUUGUAGGCUAUGCGUAGAAGCCAGGUGAUGCUAAAUGUGUUUUUCAAUUACCGUGAGACGGCAGUUAUUUGCUUGACUGUAAUGUAAUGCCUGCCACAGCCCUAGUGGGAAGCUUGCAGGAGUGUAUCUGUGUAUUGUUGUAACAGUUUGCCUUGGCAAAACGUGUGUGUCUUCUAAUAAAUAUAUAUCAUUGUCUACAGAGUGAGCUAAGCCCCCCCAUGCUAAUAGAACACCCCCUUCGCUGCCUGGUCCUCUGUGCCCAAGUGCACGCUGGGAUGUGGAGGAGAAACGGCUUCUCAUUGGUCAAUCAGGUAACAUUUCCCCUUCCAUCACUAUAUUACCUUUCUUACUCUGCGCUGUAUAUCAAAUCAAAUUUUAUUUGCCACGUGUCGAAUACAACAGGAAUAGACCUUACAGUGAAAUGCUUACUUACAAGCCCUUAACCAACAAUGCAGUUUUAAGAAAAUAAAAAGUAAGUUAAGUAAAAAAAUUGAAAUAGCAAAUAAUUAAAGAGUAGCAGUAAAAUAAAAUAACAAUAGGGAGGCUAUAUACAGGGGGUACCGGUACAGAGUCAAUGUGCGGGGGCACCGGUUAGUCGAGGUAAUUGAGGUAAUAUGUACAUGUGGGUAGAGUUAUCAGAACACUAACACGUGUGUUGUUGUUGUUGUUGUUCUUGUGGCAUUUAUAAUGAAGAUAGUUCAUAGUGUACUCUGGUUGCAGAUCUACUACUACCACAAUGUCAAGUGCAGAGUGGAGAUGUUUGACAAGGACCUCAUUAUGCUGCAGGUCAGUUUGUUGCUUCAGCUGACAACAUAAUGAUGCUAAUGUUAAACAUCGUGUUACAGGCUUUAACAAGUGUGCGUGUCUGUCGAUGUUCGUGUGUUCUCUACAGGCCGGAGCUUCCAUGAUGGAUCCCAACCACUUCCUGAUGAUAGUCCUGAGCCGCUUCGAGCUCUACCACAUCUUCAGCUCCGCCGACUGCAGGAAGAGAUACAACAGGGAGAACACCAACAAGGUCUGCUCUCUCACUGACAAUGACAACUUAGAUUAGGCUUUAUACUCUUGCUUAAACUCAGUGUGUGUCCAUCUCUGACUGACCUGUGUCUGUUAGGACUUGGUCCAGCAGAACAACACUCUAAUAGAGGAGAUGCUGCACCUCAUCAUGAUGGUUGUGGGUGAGUGCCACACUAUGCUACUGCUCAUUAGGACUUGUUUUGUUUCAGCAUACAUUGUUUGAGUACUCUGAGCCUCUGUUUGACUUGUUUCCUUUAUGUUAUUGACCUUUUUUAAAGGUGGGUAAAUGGUUGUGGUUUGGCUGGCGGUACAAUACCUGAUGGGUAUGUGUGUUGUUUCAGGUGAGCGCUUUGAAGCUGGUAUCGGCCAGGUGGAAGGCUGUGACGAGAUCAAGCGGGAGAUUAUUCACCAGCUGUGUAUUAGACCCAUGGCCCACAGCGAGCUGGUCAAAGCCCUGCCUGAGAACGUAAGGCAUUUAGCUCUCUGUCUGUCUGUGUCUCUCUCUCUUCUCUUCUCUCUCUCUCUUCUCUCUCUCUUCUCUCUCUCUAUCCUCUCUCUCUCUAUCCUCUCUCUCUCUAUCCUCUCUCUCUCUAUCCUCUCUCUCGCUCUUCCUCUCUCUCUUCUCUCUCUCUCUUCUCUCUCUCUUCUCUCUCUCUUCUCUCUUUCUCUCUGUCUCUCUCUUUCUUCUGUCUCUGUCUCUCUCUCUGUCUCUGUCUCACCACACCUAGAUCAGGCUGACUUCCCGGCUGCAGUUUUCACUUGGAAUAGCUCAACAACGAGUUAUAGCCAAAAAUAUUUCACUGGUGACAUAAGCUGUCCUGGCAUCUGCUUAGACAGCUCCCAUUUCCCAUGAUCUACACAUAAUCUGGACUUUUGAGUUGGACGAUUUCACUGCAAAUGAAUUAAUAGUGUAUCUAUUUGACUAGCCUGUCACCUAGUGGUGAAUCUAGGCAGUGCAGAACAAGUGCAAGUCAAAAGCUAGUAAUCUCGGACGGUUAACCCAGAACUAAAAUCUUGCAUGAUUUGGUCAGAUAUGUUUACAUAGUCUGUCCAUUAAGCUUGGCCAAAUUACCUCUACAAAUGGCUUGGAACAAGGCUAUUCUAAAGCGAACCCCAGUAUGUGUCUGACACUACUCUGUCCCUUAGGAGAACAAGGAGACUGGUAUGGAGAGAGUGAUCGACUGUGUUGCUUCGUUUAAGUAAGUAGCUUUCUUUAGUUGUUUGAUGUUACAUUAAGAUUCAACUGACCACCCAGGUUGUUAAUGUAAAAUAGUUUGUUCCUGUUUACUUGGCUAAAUGAAGAUCAGAAAAUUGGAUAUGGAUGAUGCGCUCAUUGUGUCCAGUUGUGUGACAUGUUGAUCACGCAUGCCCUUUGUGCCCACAGGAAGCCUGGCGUGACAGGCAGAGGGCUGUAUGAGCUCAGGCCAGAGUGUGCCAAGCAGUUCAACCUCUACUUCCACCACUACUCCCGAGCUGACCAGUCCAAGGCAGAGGAAGCCCAGAGAAAGCUGAAGAGACAGAAUGGAGAGGACACAGGUAGAGAGUCUCAACCAGAAACACUUCCUUCAUCCCUGUGGUGUUGGUCAUGGGAUACAAGAACAUCUUGAAAUUAGUAUUAUAUGUGAUUAUUGCAGACAUUGUGGUGAUUGGUUGUGGUCUUUCAGCUGUGUCAAUCGAGUGCUGCUUUGUUCUGACUAUAUACACUAAGUGUACAAAACAUUAGGAACACCUGCUCUUUCCAUGACAGACUAUCCAGGUGAAAGCUAUGAUCCCUUAUUGAUGUCACCUGUUAAAUCCACUUCAAUCAGUGUAGAUGAAGGGGAGGAGACCGGUUAAAGAAGGAUUUUUAAACAUUGAGACAUGGAUUGUGAAUGUGUGCCAUUCAGAGGGUGAAUGGGCAAGACAAAAGUGCCUUUGAGCGGGGUAUGGUAGUAGGUGCCAGGCGCACCGGUUUGUGUCAAGAACUGCAACGCUGCUGGGUUUUUUACGCUCAACAGUUUCCCAUGUGUAUCAAGAAUGGUCCAACACCCAAAGGACAUCCAGCCAACUAUACACAACUAUGGGAAAGCAUUGGCGUUAACAUGGGCCAGCAUCCCUGUGGAAUGCUUUCGACACCUUGUAGAGUCCAUGCCCCGACGAAUUUAGGCUGUUCUGAGUGCGGGGGGGGCAACUCAAUAUUAGGAUGGUGUUCUUAAUGUUUUGUACACUCAGUUUAAGUCUGUGUGUGUUGUAGCCCUCCCUCCUCCGGUGCUGCCCCCGUUCUGCCCGCUGUUUGCCAGCCUGGUUAACAUUCUGCAGUGUGACGUGCUGCUGGGCAUGCUGGGAGCCGUGCUGCAGUGGGCCGUGGAGCCCAGCGCAGGACACUGGUCUGAGUCCAUGCUGCAGAGGGUGAGGGAGACCAGGACCACACUGUGUGUGUGCGUGUACAUGUGUUAGAGAAAGUGUGUGUGUUAGUGUCCUACUUAGUUUAUUUGCGGGACCAUUAGAGGUAUCUCUGUACAUAACUUUGUCUCUCUCUCCAGGUGCUCCACUUAAUAGGCAUGGCUCUACUGGAGGAACAGCAGCAGUUAGAGAACAGUAGUGAAGACAGUGACGUCUGCUUCAACUUCACCCUCAAAAUGUCCUGUAAGUUUCUCUCUCUUAGCCUGGGUUCCAGUCUGUUUGAGUUAUCAUUCCACUGCUUGCCACUCCUUGUCAUGCUAAACAUGAUGCGGAGUACAAGGAGUGGAUUGUUAGCCUGAAAUCCAGAACGUGUUUUGCUAACUUUCUCUCCCUCUCUGUCACUCUGAAACUGUAUCUGUGAAACUGAAAAGGGAGAAUACCUGCACACUGUGAAGUUUGACAGUUUGAACGACCCAGAUUUUUAAAAUAGCACCAUUUGUAAUAUUUCCACUACUUUUUAACUAGUGUAUAUACUGCCCUGUGUGUAUCCUAGGCCCAGGGGAAGCCCCCAGUAACACAGCCAGUGUCCUGGCCCUCCUGGAGAACCUACAGAAUGCCCCUCACCUGGAGGUCCACAAGGAUAUGAUCCGCUGGAUCCUCAAGGUGGUGCAGCGUUAUUACAACCUCCACUACCAAUACAACUCUCACAGUUAGGGUGACCACAUUUGAAUUACCCAAAUGUGGGACAACGGGAAGAUUUUGCUGGACAGUGUAGCCUAUACAUGAAUAAUUUUUCCCCACACACACAUCUCCUUCCCGCUGGCAACAUGCCUUCUCUUUUGCCUUGCGCAAAAUUUUGUGAUGCAUAAAUGAGACCACUUGUGUGUGUGUGUGUGGCUGUUUUAUGAAAAUCUGGGAAUAUUUGGCCAAGGAAACAUUUCUGGUUGGUCUCAGGGAAUGUAAACAGUUAGGAAGGGAGACUUUUAAAAGGAAUGGGUUUGAGUGAAGUAGCAGCAAAUACGUUGAAUGAGCAUGGAGAGCCUGAAAUGACCUUAUCUUUCAGUCUAAUACGGCUAUUUACUUAUUUUUGUAGCUCUUCGUUAGACGCACACUUUUUGUAAGUAGUUAACUAUCCUCUCCAAGUUUAUCUGGAAUUUACCCCGAAAGGAUUUGACAAAUGUGAUUGGGUGACGAUAUGACAUUGGCCUCCUGCACUGUGCAGAAGAUCAGAUCUCAACAACGAUUGGAGAAGUGUUUAACAUCACCAGUAACACAUCCUUAUGAUAUAUCUUGUCAUAAGUGCAACGUGACUGCAAAAGAUACAGGUUGGAAUGUCUAUUCUCGUCAAAUGAAUUGGAUGUUUCCCUAAAAUACGGGACAAAUCAACACUUUUUGUAAAAAAAAUGAUUUGUUGAUAAAAUCCGGGACACGUUUGUUUGGUUGCGGGACAAAGGGUCAACAUUCGGGACUGUCCCGCACAAUCUGGGACAUGUGGGCACCCUACUCACAGUAGACAUCUUAUCCAAGGGUGACAUCUAGCAUUUGAGUUGGUACACUGCAAUAUUGUACAUGCCAUGGCCACCAAGAGACAGCAUGCAACCAGUGGUCCUCAUGACUAAUACAUAUCCACGAUUACUUCCAAUGUCAGAGUACAAAGAUAUAUUAUUAUUAUUAUUAUAAUUUAUUCUGUACCUUUACUAUUUGCCGAGGUAAUAUUAUUGUGUCCCUGUGCAGACGGUGGCCAGCAUUAAGACAAUGCGGGAACGUACCGUCUCCACCUCUACAGUGACCGCCAGCGGCAGCCACAGUCAGGAAGAGGUGGGUCUAGUGCAUCUAUGACCAUUUCUUUGGUUUCUCAUGAAUUUAAUUCAAAAAAUAUAUUGCCACAUCUGCGUCUCCCCUCCUUCAGACAGUGUGUGAUAAGGACAAGGCAGAGAGGAAGAGGAAGGCGGAGAUGGCUCGCCUUCGCAGGGAGAAGAUCAUGGCCCAGAUGUCAGAGAUGCAGAGACACUUUAUCAAUGAGAACAAGGAGCUGUUCCAGCAGAGUCUGGAGGAGCUGGAUGCCUCCACCUCUUCCUCACUGGAGCACAGGUACUGACAUCACACAGUAUUAAACUCUAUCCCCCACCACACAAAUACUUGUAUUUCACCACCCAAUCCCCACCCUAAACUCAAUCAAACUUUAUAAGCCUGUCUCUCAUCCCCCCCCCCACUCAUGCAGCCCCACGUCGUCAGAUGCAGCCCUGGUGUGUGUGGGCCCCAGGCGGUCACGUCCCGGGGAGAAGAGGCAGGUUGUUACGUGUAUCCUGUGCCAGGAGGAGCAGGAGAUCCGGGCUGACGGCAAGGCCAUGGUGCUGGCUGCUUUCGUCCAGCGCUCCACCGUCAUGUCCAAGAACCGCAAAAGACCACCGCACGACCCCGGUGAGAGAAAGAGAGAAUGGAGGGCCUUAGGUCACAGAUGGGUAGAAGUUGCCCUUAUGUACAGAUCUAGGAUCAGCUUUCCCUCCUCCAAAUUGUUACUUUAACGAUUAAGAUCAGUGUCAACGGGCAUCUUCAUCCUACAUCCCUUCCAUGGUCUUGUCUAUUUCUGGGUUUUGUCUGUGAAUGAUAUACUAGCAUUGCUUGAGUUACCUCUUUGGUGUGUGUUUUCCAGAGCGUUACGACCCUCUCUUCAUGCACCCUGACCUGUCGUUUGGCACACACACAGGCAGCUGUGGCCACAUCAUGCACUCUCACUGUUGGCAGAGGUGAGCCAGGCUCAUGGUUCUACAACACACUGGUAGUAGAGGACCCGAUAUGCAUAAAUAUGUUUUGGGGGAGACCCGUUCCGAGGAUAACUAGACUGUUCCGUAUAUACCUGGUCGGAUCCAGACCCGAUCUGAGUGAGAAAAGCAGCGGAAAAUAAAAAAUGAAAGCUACUUUAUUAACCAGAGCUGAUAAAGCGCGAGGGAGAGGAGAUGAGAGGUAGGGGCCGUGUUGAGUGGGGAGGCUACUGAGCGAGUGACACGGGGAACAGGGAGGACGGAGGGAGAGACAGCAACCAACCAAGCCGACUCGCGCUAUAGUAGACUAAUAGCUGCCAUAGCUAGGUUAUUUAUCAUCCAAUAUGAUUACGUAGUACCUGUCUUGACUACUGCAUCAAACCGGGAGAGGCUAGUUAAGCUAGCUAGCUAGGUUUAUUGAGGAUGCAUUCGCUUUCUCGUCCUACACAGUUCUCCUUUAACUUUUAAUUUGAUCAUUUUAAUUCCAUCUUCCAUUGAUUAGAUAUCUCCUAACUUUUGCCACAUGGACACUCUGACUGUAGCCUAUUGCCGCUUUGAUGACUUAUGAUUGGCCAACAACAUGCUACACCCGCCACUCUCUUGAAAAGCAAAGCGCAGCAGCAUAAAUUAUACAAUUUCUCCCUCUACCUCAGCAGUCUCAUUCGGAUCUGUAUGGGUCCUUCCGGACAAGUCGGUUAAAAUUACACAUACCAAUCCGACCUGUGACAUUAUUUAGAAUUCUGGAUCGGGUCUCGGGUAUUCGGGUACAGGUGAAUCCGUGAAGAUCUCUAACUGGCAGUAUGCCACAUACAGGGGAUUGUGUAAAAUUGAAGGUUUGGAUCUUGAGGUCGAAAGGAUUCCGUGGGCCUGCAGAGGAGUUGGGUUAUGGUCUCUGGAAAUGAAAAACUCUGGACAAUAGUUUUCAUCUCGUGUGUGCAGGUACUUUGAGGCGGUGCAGGCCAAGGAGCAGCGGCGUCAGCAGCGACUGCGUGUCCACACCAGCUACGAUGUGGGGAACGGGGAGUUCCUGUGUCCGCUGUGCGAGUGCCUCAGUAACACCGUCAUCCCCCUGCUCCCCCGCACUAAGGGCUCCAGCAGGUACCCAAUCUCUCUCACACACACACACACACACAUAGUCUCAUAUUGUUUCCUCCUUUCCUUUAUCUGUGCUGAUCUGAAAAUGGAUAGGUGAAAGCAGAAGGUCUAUAGUGAAUUCUCAAUGGUAAUUGACUUUCCCCGUCCAAUACCGUUUAGAUUAGUACAGAUGAAGGAGACUAAGAGAGGAAGCCACUUAAGACUAUUGAGAUGCACCCUCGGUCAGGAAACCAAACCUUUGACUGGUAGUGGGUACAUGGCCACAGCAACCACAGACUGCUUAGUGGUUGUCACAAGAUUAAUCCCCUCUGGUCACUCGCUUCUCAUUCACCGGUUCCCCAGUCCAUCCCCCCAGUUAAACCAGUGUAAACCCCUUGAGCAUUCUGAUGUCACUGGUACCACUCUCACACGAGGUCAAGGCUCACUCGGCACUAAGGCUCAAUCGUCACCUCCACAACCACAGAGGUAAUUCAGGCCAUUCACACUUUUACAUAGAGAGGGCUGAGAAAAGGUCUCAAAGAUUGAAAAACAAAAGAAAAAGUUAGCAAACGUAUUUGUUAGUUCUUUUUAUACAAUUCUGGUCAAUAUUGUAAAAUAAAAUGUGAUUACCUGGUUAAAUAGAUAAAUAUCAAUCAAAGAACGGCUUUGAUUCAUCUAUACCAACAGCCUUGUUAUUAGCAUGUUAAAUGAAGAAGCAAGGGCCAGCCCGUAUUCAUAUGCUGUCCAUAAGUGUAUUAAUGAGUAGGUCAAGGCAUUGUCCAGUCCACUGACUGUCUCCCUCUCUCUCCAGUUGUGAGCAGCCUAGUCUGGGUCAGUGGCUAAUUACCAGCGGUCAGCAGAUUAAGGCCAUGCACUCUGCCCACAGGAAACUCCAGCCCAUCAGUGAGUAUUGGAACACAGAUCAUUGUAUUACCGCAACACACAUUCUUGUCGUCCGACAAAUGUCUGUCAUUAUUACACCGAGGUCCCGUUACACCGGUGUAGAGAGGAAGUAGUGCUAGAAACACUACUGAAUGUCUGUGUAUGCCUUCAUGUUAUGUCACUAAACUGUGUGUGUAUAGGUGCAGACACUGUUGAAGAGACGGUGGAAGAGGAGUGCCCUGCUCCUGAGGGUUUCAGAGUGGACUACAUUCCCAUGUAAGUGACCCUUGAGGGAAUAUGAGAGAAAUGCUUUGGGGACAGGACAGUUGACAAAGUCUUGAGAUUAGUUUGAAUGACUUGUAUGUUGACUUGCCUGUGUCUUUUUUUUUUUUUUUUUUUUACAGGAAUCCCUACUCCAGCACCAUAAAGGAGAUGCUGACCACUUUUGGGACAGCGACCUACAAAGUUGGCCUUAAGGUACACCCCAAUGAGCAGGACCCUCGUGUCCCCAUCAUGUGCUGGGGCAGCUGUGCCUACACCAUCCAGUCCAUAGGUGAGAACAACACACACACACACACACACACACACACACACACACACACAUUUGUUUUACUAUCCUUGUGGGGACCAAACAAUUGAUUCCAAUUCAAAAUCUUGUUUUCCCUAACCUUAACCCCAAACCCUUAAACCUAACCCUAAUUGUAACCCUAAACCUAACCCCUAAGCCUAAAAUAGCCGAUUUCCUCGUGUGGACCAGCAAAAUGGCCCCACUUGUACAAAUCAUCCUUGUUUUACUAUCCUUGUGAGGAAUUCUGGUCCCCACAUGGAUGGUAAAACCAAAAACGCACACACCGAGAGAAAACAAGAUAAUAAUAGAAUUGGAGCAACAAAUAUAGUUUACAGUGAUAUAAAACUCAUAUCAAAGGCACACAUGUGGGAUUGAGUUAUGUCUUCAUUAUUUAACGAGUAAAUGAAUGUUUCAAAUGCUGCCAAUGGUCCACAAUGUUCAAACACAACUAGAGCAUAGACUCCCAUUUUAGAAAUGCAACGUUCAACUAAAUUUUUUCCCCCCUUCCCUUUGCAGAGCGACUGUUGGUGGACGAGAAGAAGCCUUUAUUUGGAAGUUUACCUUGCAGACAGGUAACAUAUUCUUCCUUUAAUUCCAACCUACCUUUGAAUCAAUGGACAGGAGUCUUGUAAGAACAGUUCCUUGUGGAGAGGUGGAGAGAGAGAGUUGACGCCAGUGUUGAGUGUGUUUCUGUGUACAGGAUGACUGCCUGAGCUCCCUGGCCAGGUUUGGCUCAGCGUGUUGGACUGCAGCCUGUCAGCCCACCGUGCAGGGCCACUUCAUCAGACUGUUAGCAGGUAGGACAGACACGAUUAACAGGGACCUGCAGGACCACUCCAUUUAGGAUGGCCUAUUCAGUGUCUGAAGCCACCUUCACUUUUUAUGUGUUGAGUUAUAUUGAUGGAGUGUGUAUGUUUGUGUAGCGUUGAUUCCAGACCCCCAGGUGAAGGCCACUCCAUGUAUCCUGGACAUAGACAUGUUGCACCUGCUGGUGAGUGCCCCCUGAGCCCCUGACCUCAUUCUCAUCAACACAUCAAUAAUACAGGCAUACAUGACCAGUGGCAUAUCACAUCUCCUGGGCUGCCAGAUCCUACGCAAACCCAUUGUUGACACUACCAUAAAACCUUUUCCAUUGUAUAUAAGUGUAAGGUCAACACUAAUCCCUAUGUCUCUCUCUCUCUCUAUCCCUCUCACCCGAUUUCAGGUGAGUGUGGUGCUGUCCUACGGGUCGGUCCACUACCAGGACUCGUCAGGGCUGAGUGUGGACGCUGUCCAGCUGCACCUCUUCCACCUCAUCACUGUGGCUCACAUGGUCCAAAUACUGCUCACCUCUGGCCCAGGUAAGGAGAGAGCGAACCCAAUACCUGUGUGUGUGUGCUUGCCAGACCAUUGGAAAGUUGUCUAAACACCAGUUAAGAUCUUACCUUUGGAUAGUUGAAGAGAGGGUAGUUCCAAGUCAUUGCAGUUAACCACUGUCGUAUGCGAAACGUCUUUUGUAUGGCAUAGAGAAAGGAACUAACAUGACAUUCUGUGCGUCAACAGAGGAGGUGACCAUGGAGCAGGAGAGUGGGGAAGCAGAGCGGGAGGAGGAGGAGGCCAUCUGCUGUCUCUACAACACCCUCAGGACACACGUGGGCAGGUGAGGCAACACUAACCCUGUAGCCAUGACACAUUCAGGGAACUCGCCUAUCAUAUCCACCAAGCAGCUGGCCUUUCCCCAGUAUUCUCAUGUUAAUACACAUGUUGUGCUUAAACCAUGCUGUGAUUAUAAUAAGCGUGUGUGUUGACAGUUCCCUACCUGAGGUGGGGUCUGGUUGGCAUCUGUGGCGUUGUGUGAAGACGGGUAUCCUACCCUACCUGAGAGGAGCAGCACUCUUCUUCCACCACCUCAACGGAGUCCCUACACCCCCAGAGUUGCAUGGUUAAUACAACGCGUGCGCUCACACACAUACACCCGCGCACAAACACACUCACACUUUCUUUUACUCCACUUUGAACACGUACACGGUACCAAGCAUAGCCAUGUGGGUGUUGACGUUCUCUCUGUGUCUCUCUCAGCUCUGUGUCCUGGUCAGUGGGAGGUGCUGUGUGGAUACCUCAGUCUGCCCUCCAACCUGCUGCAGCUCUUCCACAGUCAACGGGAGCUACUGGAGCCGUUGCUGCAGGGGUAAGAGUCUCCUACACUCACUCACACUCACCAGUAACCUGUCUUUUCUCCUCUUGUAUCUUCUGACUGGUUCAGAAGUGCCAGCUACAUGGCGACCGAUUGUAUGUACUGUUUUGGUUUAUUUGAAUAUAUUGCGUUCAACCAACGACAUAUGCAGAAACGUACAUACAAUGUGAUGUCGUACAAUAUAAAAGUAAAAAGAUAAGAUCAACCCAACUAUAUGGACAGUGCAUCAUCAAUGAGUCAUAAACAACACAUCGGCAUACCACUAAAUCAAUAAAUAUAUAUAUCAAGUGUCUUCAGUGAUAGUGUCAUAGUCCACACAAUGUAACACUUUUUGGAUUAAAGUUUGUCUUGCAUUUUGUCCUCCUGUCCUGUAGGUGGUGCACUCAUCCAGGUGUACAGCAGACCCUGCAGGGAGGUGGCGUUCUUGUGAGGUCAGUCCUGCUAUUUUACUGUCUGAUAAGAUUGAGGAGUAUUCUAAUGAAGGCCAAACUUUUUACCUUUGCUUAAAUAAAAGGCGGCAGGUAGCUUAGCAGUUAAGAGCAUUGGGCCAGUAACCGAAAAGUUGCGGGUUUGAAUCCCCAAACUGAUUAGGUGAAAAAUCUGUCAUUUUGCCCUUAAGCAAGGCACUGAACCCUAAUUGCACCUGUAAGUCGGUCUGGAUAAGCUAAAUUACAAAAAAUGUAAAAAUAUAAAAAACUGAGUUUAAUUGUGAGCGAGCGUUGAGCCUUUUCAAUUAUAUAUAUAUUUUUGGUUGCACCUCGACUCGCGUUGGUUGAGCACCCUCCACUUCUUUGCAUUCCUGAUAUGACCGGGGGGAACUCUGAUUACUUAUAUUGGAUAUUGGUAUAAAUGAUUUUGUGGUCCGGAGUGUUAUUAGAACUGUACGGUUCAAUUAGUUGUUGAUAUUGUUAAGAGCUCUAGGGCUGACUAAUUCUUCCUCUGUCCAGUUAUCCUCGGGAGUCCAACAGCCUGAUUGACCUCCCAGAUGACUACAGUGCCCUCAUAAACCAAGCCUCCAGCUUCACGUGAGUGCCCAGAGAACAACUGUCAUUGGUGCUACGAAGAUGUCAUAACACAACAGCCUUACAAAAUGACAAUCAGGAGCGAUUGGAUGUCAUUGCUCUCCUCACUGUCCUACAGAACAGGGUUUCCCAAACUCGGUCCUGCCGCCCCAGUUCCACGUUUUCGUUUUUUGCCCUAGCACUACACAGCUGACUCAAGUAACCAUCUCAUCAUCAAGCUUUGAUUAUUUGAAUCAGCUGUGUAGUGCUAGGACAAUAAAAAAAACACGUGCACCCAGGGGGGGGGGCUCCCGUUUGGGAAACCCUGCUAUAGAAGACCCAAUUAGAGUGAAUGUGUUUAUGCCCUCCUCUCUCCCCCCAGGUGCCCUAAGUCGGGUGGGGAUAAGUCCCGUGCGCCCACCCUGUGUCUGGUGUGUGGCUCCAUGCUAUGUUCUCAGAGCUACUGCUGCCAGACAGAGCUGGAGGGAGAGGACGUGGGAGCCUGCAUUGCUCACACCUUCGCUUGCGGAGCCGGAGUAGGCAUCUUCCUUAGGUACAGACCCGACCUUGUGCGUGUGUGUGCCUCCGUUCAUGAGUGUGCAAGUCUAAUGCUGUCCCUUCUGUUGCAGAGUGAGAGAGAGCCAGGUUCUGUUCCUGGCUGGUAAAACUAAGGGCUGUUUCUACGCUCCUCCAUACCUGGAUGACUAUGGAGAGACGGACCAGGGCCUAAGGUGAACAACCCUGCACGUUCACUCAUUACAGUAGAGUAGUGGUUCUCAAAAUGGCUUCUCAAAAGGUUUGAACAAACACCUGCGCGCACUAGUCUCCCAGAACCAACAUUAAGACCCAUUGCUGUACAUGUUAUUGGUCUGUGCUGAAAGAUGCCCAGUAGUGGGAUUGCUGUGCUCCGCUUUUUUAAAGCAGUUUGUCUCUGUGUUUUUCCAGGCGGGGGAACCCAUUGCACCUGUGCCGCGAGCGCUACCGCAAGAUCCAGAAGCUGUGGCGCCAGCACAGCAUCACCGAGGAGAUAGGCCAUGCCCAGGAAGCCAACCAGACUCUGGUUGGCAUCGACUGGCAGCACCUGUGA